CACAAUGCCUGAUCAGGACAAAAAGUUGAAGAGCACAGAAAAAGCAGUAGAAAAAAAAGCCUCCUGGGAUCUCUAUGAGGUAUGUGAUUAUUGUGAUCUAAAAAGGUUUCAGUCUCUCUUAAGUGUUCAGUCAAGGAAUCAACAGCUUCCAGCUAUAUACAUUGAAUGUGGUCAAACCAGUGUGACAAGAACUUGGCAAAAUGUCAAAAGCAGUGAACAGAAGUCUAAUGGUCAAUGGCAAGAAUCAACAGAAGCUGUUGAGCUUGAAAAAUUCAGUGUGACCCACAAGAAUGAGAGAAAUUUUAACAAGCAUCCCAAGCGUCAGCUGUUUUAAGAUAUAUUUACAACUUUAGUUAAGGUCAGACUUGCCUGCAGACCAAGGCAAUGGGUUAGUCAAGCUCCGUCCAUCUAUUUUCUUAGAGUAUCAAUCUGCCUGAGAUUAUUAAUAAGGGCAUCAUGCUACCAGGAAAUGCUCCACAGUCUGGGUGGAAUUGAAAAUCUAGCUCGGGUAGAAUUCCUUGUAGUACCUUUGUUCAUUAUGUUGUCUGUCAGUUUAUACAUGGAAACAGCAGCAAAUCAUUGUCUUAAUUACAGAGAAGAGCAGCAUAAUGUAGACAAGUUGGUCAUGACAUAUAUUUUCCAAAAGCUUUCUGCUGUUAGAAAUCAAAGAGUGACAAGUGGAGCACAUAAAUAAACCCUAGUAAAUUUGUUAUCUGCCACAGACAGCCAUAAGUUUUUUGGUGCUCUUCUUCCCCUGACUAGCUCAGCAGAAUGUCCAGAAUGUAGAGAGAUGAUAAACGAGAUUGUUGAGAACUUGCUGGUGAUAUUACACGAACACGAUUUUCUCUCUAGCAUGUUCACAGCAGAGUUGCUAUGACUCCUUUGUGCAGAGCCAUGAAUCAAAGAGAAAAUAAUGUAUGAAGGAGUUGCAGUCAUGCUCAAUUUGCUCCAUUCUGAUCACAUCAAACUUCUAUGGAGUAUAGCUUGUAAUCUGGUACAGGUUUGUGAAGAUCCUGCGACUAGUGUGGAAAUUUGGAUCUGGGGUAGAAUCAAGCAGCUCCUUCAUAUGUUACAGGAGUAGGCUCAUCUGACCCUUAUAUCAAACUCUUCAGCUGGAAGUUUAUCUAGUGCAAAUGCAGCAGAGACAAUCCAGUAUCAUCAUUUGUUAGAUGAGCUAAGUCCUGAUGGGAUACAAGAAAAUACUUUCUCACUUAAAGCAGCUUGUUGUGCUGCAGUCACUGAACUGGUGCUCAGUGAGACUACUGCUUUCCAGACUGUACAGGCAAAUGCAAUAUAUACAAUAGCAAAGCUAAUUUUACCAGACAAAGAAAGGAAUGCUGAAAAAGCCAGUUUAUUACAGUGUUAUGUUUUCAGAGCCCUGAGAUUUCUCUUCAGUAUGGAAAGAAUCAACAUAUUUUUGAAAGGUAUUUUAACCAUAUGUUUUAUACAAGAAAUUUUGCCCUUUUCUAUAUUUUUCUGUACUGACUUGUUUGAAAUCCUUAUUGAUAUUGGACAUUAUGUGCAUGAUAUCAGAGCUCAUGAAGGGUUGGUAUCAAAGCUAAAUUUGUUAAAGGAUAUAUUGAAGCAAAUCACUGAAAGUAUUGAGAACAUGAAUAAGGCAUCCACAAAACAUGUAGGAAAUAAUGCAAUUUUAGAGCACAUUGGCAGUGGAGCUCCUGGAAGUGUAUAUAAGGUUAGAAAACAUAACAGACAAAAUCUCCUGACAAUUAAAGAAGUCAAUCUAGCAUUUGGAAAGGAAAAAAAAAAAAAAAUUUUCAUGGAGUUCAUGGAGUAGGUGCCAUUGGGAGAACACUUUCAGUCUUUGAAGGAAAACAACAAGUUUGCAGAAGACAGAACAUGGCAUAUAUUUAUCCAACUUUGCCUAGCUCUUCAUUAUUUGCAUAAAGAGAAAAGGAUUGUUCAUUGAGAUCUCACUGUGAACAAUGUCAUGUUGGGGGAUAAAGACGAAGUUACAAGAAGAUAUAAAUUAAGGCAACAGACUUGCAAAUAUGAAGUCAGUGAUGUUAAGUUGUAUCUGGCUGACUUUGUGCUUGCAAAGUGAAGGCAAGAAAACAGCAAACUUGCCUCAGUAGUGGGAACCAUCCUAUACUCACAUCCUGAAGUUGUAAAGGGUGAGCUGCAUGGAGAGAAGGCUGAUGUCUGGGCUGGAUGCAUCCUUUAACAGAUGGCCAGUCUGAGCCCACCAGUUUACAGCACCAAUAUGCCCUCCCUGGCAACUAAAAUUGUAGGGUCUGUGUGUGAACCUGUGCCAGAAGGACUGUACUCUGAAAAAGUCUCACUUACCAUUAAGAGCUGCUUGACUCCUGAUGCAGAGGCAUGUCCAGACAUAGUGCAGGUCAGCUCACUGCUGUCUGAUGUGAUGAUGCAGUACCUGGAUGUUUUAUACACCUCUCAUCUCAUGCUGGAGAAGGAACUGGAUUGGGAGAGGAGACAAACCCAGCAGUACUUCAUGGAGGCUAAUUGAAAUGCAAUAGCCUAUCACCAUCAACUUUCCAUUUUAUCACAAAAAAAUUAUGAGAAGUUAAGUCUGCAUCAUAGCAGCAGUAGAAUAGCCAGUUGUAAAAGCGAAUUUUCAGAAAAUAAUGACCUUCCAGUUGACAGCUGUUAGUCUGCACAUGGAAAAGACGAGGAAAGAAGCAAUCCUGUUUCCACAAAAAUAGAUAAAAACUCUUGCCGUACUCAGGCUAUUGUGGCUGCCAUCCAUCAGGACAUCAUUAUUUUCUCUUUUAUUUCUUCCUCUUUAUUGCCUACUGAUCUGCUUUUGAGAGUACCUUCACUCAGCCACAGGUCCCAUACUAAGAAAAUCAAGUAUUUAUUCAUGAUGAGAUGCCAGUUUCAUAGUCUACCAGUCAUAGCUCUUUGCAAUAUGAAAUAUCAUAGCUCGGCAGGAAUUGCUGUAUCACAAAGGAAGGUGUGUCAGAUCAGUGAUCCUGUUCAGCAGAUUCUUGUUCAGCUGCACAAAAUUAUCUUCAGCACUCAACUUCCUCCAGUUUUGCAAUGCAACUUGAAAAGGAGAAUCAGUGAGAGAUUCACAAUCCUUUUCAGUCAGCAAAAAAAUCCUUGUAAAAUGAAAUCAGAAAUCAAAACCACCAUUCAAGAUGCUGAUGAAUUGAUUGAACCCAAUAUAUUCACAGCGGAUUGGCAUGGGGUACAUCUUUCUUCAGGUGGAAAUAUGUUGCUUCCAGAUGACAUAAAAGGCAUUUUUGAUGCUUCUGGCAUUGCAGAAGGGAUGACAUAUGAACAGUUGCAGACUCUAACUGAGGAGGUUCUAGAGGAAAGUUGUUAUUAUAGUUUCUCUUCUUACAGGUCAGUCUAG